AUGGGUUGCUCACAAAUCUUGAUCAUUGUGUCUAUUCUGUCAUGUUCUGCUUUAGUCUUGGCAGGUGACUUCAGACAAGACAUUGACAUUAUAUGGGGAAGCGACAAAGCAAAGAUACUAGAAAACGGCCAAGCCAUUACAUUGUCUCUUGACAAAGCUUCAGGCUCUGGUUUUCAAUCCAAGACUCAGUUUUUGUUUGGUAAGAUCUCUAUGGAGCUCAAGCUUGUCCCUGGAAACUCAGCUGGUACUGUCACAUCUUACUAUCUUGCGUCUAAAGGAACAGUGUGGGAUGAGAUAGACUUCGAAUUUUGGGGAAUCUAA